ACAAGGAGCGAAGAUGAUAUCAAAAGGCUGCAGCGCUGGUGGCGCUACUUCUGAUGAAGCCACGCCUGAUCCUCCUCUUCCCAGCAUGAUCGACACGACUUGCCCGAGUAGAGACAUCCUCGGUUUGGCGGCUUCGUGCGGCUCAGCUGGAGGAUCGGUUCCAGUCCCCAACAAUUACGACGCUGAAGGGCCCCAACCCCAUGAUGAGCAUCAACGUGCAAUGGCUCCGUGUGUACUUUCUAUCGGAACAAGUAGUGAAGGCACAACACCGGAUCAGAAGAUGGAGACACGACCAGUGCUCCAUCGGGGUACAACUGGAACAGCUACAUACAGCGCAACGCGCGCUCUCUCUCGCAGAUCGGGCGCAGUAGACAAUGCGACGUCACCGAAGUCGGCAACGUCUCCGGCCUCGGUGGAGGAAGAAGGAGAAGAAGAUGAAGAUCAGGACCCGUACGACGACGCGCAAAAACAGAACAACAUCGAGAACACCACGGCUGCUGCUCCUGCGCAAGUUCGUAGUUCUCCCUCUGACGUCGCCGCGCCCCUGCGGUCAAUAUCGUUUCUGCCGCAAGGACGACUUCUCUCUCAACAAAAAGAUUUUUU